AUGGAGCUCGAUAGCCGCGAACAUAACCGACACCGUCUCGAAGACAUCCCCGCGAAACCCGAAGAGAACUUCGUCAUAGGGAUAUCCGGAUGCACCUCCGCCGGCAAGACCACACUCGCCCUCCUCCUCGACGUCGUCCUGCGCGAAGCCGUCUGCCGAAUGGCCUCCGGCAACCACGAAUACAACCCCGAGCUCCCCCCGCACACCGCCGUCAUACACCAAGACGCGUAUUUCUUCAAAGACCGCAUAGAAAGGGGUCCGAUGGUCUCGGUGCAGCCCCUCUGGCCGGAAGAUAAACUCGUGGCGAAUAUGACGGGCCCGAACGACCCGCCGAUACUGGUAGAAGACCGCGAUUGUGUGGGGAGCUGCGACAUAGAGCUUCUCGCGAAACAUAUCGACGAGCCGGACGAGCGCGCGAGGACGGGGGUGCCGAAUCCGCGGUUCUUAACGAAUCUGCAGGAACGCGCGCGGAUACACGUUGAAGGUGACGAGGAAACCGAAGACGGGGAGCUGGAGCGCGACGAUAUAUCCCCCGCCGCGGCGGCCGCGGCGAACGAGUUAGCCCCCGGGACCCUCGACGCAGCCGUCGAAGCCAUGCGCGAUGCCUUCCGGCGCGACACGACGAGGCUGGCGCUGAAAACCCAGCAUAUCCGACUUGAUGACGCGGGCGUGCCCAUCGUGCCGUUCCGGUUCGUUGUUGUGGAGGGGUUCACGCUGUUCGCGCGGGACGCGGAACAUGAUCCCAUCGGACGGUCGUCUGCUUCGGCGUCUGAUACCGAGGCGGUGGCGCUGCGGUCGUUGAGACGCGUGCAGGAUCGGUUUGAUGUGGCGCUUUUUUUGCCGGUGGAGAGGGAGGAGGUUAGGGUACGGCGGUUUGGGAGGAGCAGGUAUUUGGAUGUGCCGGAGGGGAGGAGGAGGGAGGGCGAGGGGUGGAAGAGUGGGGGGUAUUUUGAUCAGGUUGCUUGGCCGCAUUAUGAACGCUACCAUCGACAUAUCCUGUCUCAUCUUACCGAGACGUAUUCAAGCGACGAAGCGUUGCGAGAGCGGGAGCAUGGACGACCGUGGUGCGCAACGAAUGCAUGGGAGCGCGAUCCUUGCGUCAAUGGUGUUCAUGUGCGGCCGGCGGCUGUGAGCUCCCUCGAUGAUACAUUGCUAUGGGCGUCCUCGGUUGUUGGUGGCGUGCUGGCGGCGAGGCAAUUGCAGGAUUGUGAUCACGAUUCGUAG